CGUACAAAUAAUCCUUGGCUUAUAUCACGUCAUGAUAAGAUUCAGUUUUUAUACAUCAUCGGAGAAGCCUGCUAACCUAAUACUUUAAAAUUCUUUCCUGGUACAGAGUCUUGUUUGAUUCCUUCUGUAUGAUAUUUGUUUUUACGUGAAAUUACCUUUGUUUAUUCUGCGGGCUUCCUACUGUUGCUUUUACUUGCGAAGGUUGUUCUUUGGAAAACACAGGGAUUCUACUCAAGGUGCGUGGUUUAUCAUUCCUUGCUGCAAAGCCGGGAGGGCACUGGAAAGCUCUCGAAUGAGUUGAUGGAAUUUCCUGUCCACGCUUCGUUGCAAAUUGAGGAAAAGAACAUUUUCUCUUCUGCUUAGGAAGACUAUUAAACAGGCAUCACAUUUAACAUAAAAUUCCUGGUACACCAUGGUGGCGGUUACAACACAUCUAGUACUGUUUAGCUUGUCAUUAGGUGUGUGUUUAUCUACUACAAUCAUAGCAGGUCCAAAAGAUGCCUUUGUUUUGCUUAACGCCGAUGCUGCGUUCAACUGCACAGUGUCAGUACCUUGGAGUGUUAUCAUCUGGUUAAUGGACUCGAGACCCAUCCUUACUGUUGUAGGAGAAGGACCAAUUAUAACAGAUCCUCAAUUUGGGCAACAAAAUUACUCAACUGAGACCACUUUUACUUCAGAACUUAUCAUCUCAUCAGUGACCAUGAAAGAAAACAUGACCGUGAGGUGCAGUAUCCAAACCGACGGAUAUAAAGAGGCAUUUUUGUUUGUACAGGUUGACGGACCUCUAUAUUUUGAGAAGAUGAUUUCAUCUGUUGUGGUAAACCAUGCCACGGAUGUCGUCUGUAAGGCAGAAGGCUGGAAUCCUGCACCGACCAUUAGUUGGAAAAAUAAUGGAACAAUGGUUGAUUCGAAAAUGUACAACACUACUACCCAACAGUCUUCAGAAAAUCUCUACAAUACCAUCAGCAUUUUAAACCUGACCCUUAGUGCUAAUGCCAAGAUCAUCUGUCUGGCUGAGAUCAAAGCUCUUCCUCAGCCUAAAUCUGCUGAACUAUCCAUCACUGUGAAACCAUUUUUGACUUUUACAGCUGGUAUGGAUCAGACCUGGCUAAUUAUUGCCAUUGUGGUGCCAAUCGUUGUGGCCAUCCUGCUUAUCAUACUCAUCAUUGUGAUUGUUAUCUGCAUAAGGCGAAGAAAGCAAGAUGAAACAAGCUACCAGAAUGAGUUAAAGAAAAUGUCAAUGAAGAAACCCUUUGAGACGACUGCAGAUGGUGUGGAAAACAUGGGAAUGUCAACUGAAAGUGUAUAUGAUUUGCAGUACCCUUCAGGUUUGACUUCACCCUACUGGAUUAAUACAUGGUCUGAAGACAAGAGCAGCAAUAUCUUGGAGACCCCUACAAUUCCAGCCGAUUAUCGUGAAGUCCAGAGGAAAACACAAAAUGAACCUACGAAAUUUCCCUGGUACCCACAGAAAACCAGACAUGUGACCGCUGUGUAAUGAGAAUGACCGUGCUUCUGAGGCGUUUUUGUAUUUAAUGGCUUUAUUUAGGUAUUUUACUGGGUUUUGCAAUAGAAAUGAAAACUACUUUGGAAGCAUUGUGAAUUUGAAUGUUACUGAUUGGUGGAGUCACUUAUUAAUGGGGAAAGAUUUCUUGGUGGAAACAGAUGGAAUCCCAGUUAGUGCCAAGUGAAUCAAGCAUCAAUGUGCCAUGCCUAUUCGUUUUUAUCUAGAGAUACAGUACGGCAACAGGCCAUUCGGCCCAAUGAGUCUGCAUCGCCCAUUUACCCCCAUGGGACUAAUUAACCUACUAACCCAUACUUCCUUGGAAUGUGGGAGGAAACCAGAGCAUCAGGAGGAAACCCAUGCGGUCACAGGGAGAAUGUACAAACUCCUUACAGGGAGCGUUGGGAAUUAAACCCAGGUCGCUGGCACUGUAAGGAGUUAUGCUAGCCACUAUGCUACCAUGCUGCCCCAGUACGAUAGACAUGAAUCUAAACGCAAGGAUGGUUGGUUCUCUCCUUUCCCACAGAGAGAUUGUGCUUAUGAAGGACAAAACUUGCUUCAUUGUGCUUGUACUUUUCGGAGUAUGAGGUAUUUAAAUUGCUCAUGAAUCACUGCGCACUGGUGCUAAGUAAAAGAGACUGAUAUUGACCUUAAACUUGCACUUCCAGGUCAAAUUGCACGGUCCCCUUGUCCAGUCAGAAUGCCCGCUUGGAUUCUACCCUUGUAGAACACUGGGAGGCGGAAUGUCUUCUCUGCGUAAAAUUCAAACACUCUUUUUUACUGCCUACCAUAUCACUCCAGAUCAGGUUGACUCCCUCCUUCUCUGCGUCACUCUGCCACUGACAUUCAAACUCCAUGUUCUAUUCAUCGCCAUGGCAACAAGCCUUGAUUGCUCUUAUUCCACUGUCCCUUCCGUCCCUAGCAGUAACCUGAUGCAGGGAUUGCCUUUCUGUAAGUACCCCACUUCCCUCCCCACACUAGGUUUUCAGUCUGUUGGAUCAGAUUUCUAAAGAACUUCCAUACAUGGAGCAAUUUUCACAAGCUAGGGGCAUGAGCUGGUGAAAAACCAUCCAUUGCAAUGUUGGAAAUACAGCUUCAGACAUGUGCAUUGUGGGCACUUGCAAAUAGAAACACCCCCAUAGCCAGAAAGCAAGGGUAAAAAUCUUUUCUUGGCUGGCAUUUUUAAGUAUUCUCUAUGUACACUGGGUGUUAUAUACUGUCAAAGUUAGUGUUGUCGAAAAGAAUAGGCCAAGGCAUUUGGGAGAAAGUCAGACCUUGUUUCUGUACUGUAUAAUUCUUCAUAAGCCUAUUGUAUUCCUUUAUUUUCCUGUAAAUGCCUGCAAAAAAAUGAAUCUCAAGGUAGUGUAUGCUAAUGUAUACAUAUUUUUAUAAUAAAAUUUACUUUGACUUCGAAUGUCCUGCUUGAAAAACAGAUGACUGGCUCUUAAGAUUACCCAUCAGGAUCUGAUAAAGGAAACAUAUCUGCUGGGCCUCCUACUGAUUGUCAGCACUUCAACAAGUUUCCCCAAAGAAAUCUCCUUUCCCGUUCUGAGAUGUCGGUCCUUGGCGUCCUCUUGUACUAAGAUGAGGCCACCCUCAGGGUGGAGGAGCAACACCUUAUACUCUGGGUAGCCUCCAACCUGAUGCAUUGAAUAUUGAUUUCUCCUUCUGAAAAAGAAAUCCCUCCCCCUCCCCUCUUCUAUUACCCACUUUGGCCUCUUACCACUUCUUACCUCCCUAGCACUUCCCACGAUCCCCUCCUCCUUGCCUUUCUCCUAUAGUUUACUCUCCUCUCCUAUCAGAUUCCUUCCUCUCCAGCCCUUCAUCUUUUCUACCCACCUGACUUCACCUGUCACCUUUGAGCUAUCCUCCUUCCCCUCCGCCACCCUUUUAUUCUGGUGUUUUCCCCUUUCCUUUCCAGUCUUGGAGAAGGGUCUUGGCAUGAAACGUUGACUGUUUCUUCAUUUCCACAGAUGCUGUUGACCUGCUAAGUUCCUCCAGCAUUUUAUGUGUGUUGCUUUGGAUUUCCAGUAUCUGCAAACUUUUGUGUGUUUAAAAUCUCCAUUAUUUAUCUCACUGUAUUGCCUUUCCU